AUGUGGCUUAAAGAACCUGUAUAUCCUCCUUCAUACUUCUUUCGGCUAAUCAAACCCCAUCGCCAAACAAACCCAGCAACCUCAAUACUCGUUACCGGUUUCGUAGAUCAAGCUGAAAUUGUACACAGAUCGUUGGACAUAUCGCUCUCUUGUAACAGCUACAGAUUGGCUAUUUCAUGUACCAAAACACAUCAAUCCCAAUAUUUCGAGUCGUCAUGCUGA